CCUUGUUGUUCACCGAAUGUUAAACAAGGAUAAUGCGCAUUAUGCAUGAAACAGAACGCAGUCAAGUGUUUGAUCGUUCAGUAUCACUAGAUCUUUUAUGAGAAGCAGAAAUGGCUAUCGCGGUCGUAUCCUUGAUUCUCAUAGCAUUACUGAUUCUCUACUUUUAUUUAACAAAGAAUUUCAACUAUUGGCAGAAACGUAAAAUACCUUGCCCGAAUGGCGCUUUACCUGGAAUUGGUCAUUUCUGGGAUUUCAUCACCAUGAAGAUCACCUUCUCAGAGUGUUGUCGCAAUAUUUACAACAAUAAUCGGAGUCACAGUAUGGUGGGAAUCUACAACUUCAGAUCACCGGCGUUGAUGGUCCUUGAACCAGAGCUAGUAAAGACGGUGUUGCAAACCAACUUUGCGAACUUCCACGAGAACGGCUUUAAAAUCGAUCCUGAUUUGGAUCCUCUUCUGGCAAACAAUCCAUUCUUUACAUACGGCGAGAAAUGGGCAACUAACAGAAAGCGUUUGACUUAUGCAUUCUCCAGCAUGCGACUGAAGAUUCUACUUGAGAGCGUCAAGCAAGUAUGCGUACAGUUCGAGAACUUCCUGGAUAGAAAAUUGAGCAAAGUCGGAAAGAUCGAAUUGGAGCUAAAAGAUCUAUUUGCCAGAUUUACUGCGCAAGUUGUGUCCGGAGUUGGUUUUGGCGUAGACGGAUUGUGCUUCAACGAGGAGAAAGAGCAUGAAUCUUUCUACGCGAUGGGCAAGUCGUUCCUCCAACCGUCCGGUGUGAAUACCUUUACCUUUAUACUUGUUUUCUUUUUGCCUUCGCUGAGUAAAAUUUUUAGGAUGCCUUUCUUACCAAAGAGAGCCGAUCGUUUCUUUAGAACGAUACUCGCGGAUGUUAUAGAACAAAGAAGAACAGAAGAGAAAACCAGAAACGACUUUCUUCAGUUGAUGGUUGAUUUGGAACGGGUAGAAGGUACUAAGAUUGACAUGAAUAUUCUUGCGUCUCACGCAGUAUCGUUUUUCAUUGACGGUUAUGAGACCUCUAGUACAGUUUUGAGCUUCGUUGCUUUUGAAUUAGCUAGCCAUCAGGAUGUACAGGCAAAAUUACGCGAGGAAGUGAUCUCUGUGCUCAAUAAGUACGAUGGCGUGAUUACUUACGAUGCUCUAAAAGAUAUGACGUACAUGGAUCAAGUUAUAAGCGAAUCACAGAGAAUCGUUCCUACAGUGGGAUUUUUGAAUAAGAAUUGUACAGAAGAGAUCGAACUCAAAGGAUCCGAUGGACUCGCUUGUCGCAUUGAACCCGGAAUGCAAAUUCUAAUACCCGUUCAAGGACUGCAGGGAGAUCCUCGGUAUUGGGAGCGUCCCGAAGUAUUCGAUCCCGAAAGAUUCGGUCCAGACAGAAAACACAGCAUCGAGAAAUUCACUUUCCUUCCCUUCGGCGAGGGUCCGCGAAUCUGCGUGGGGAUGAGAAUGGCUCAGUUACAAAUGAAAGCAUGUCUGGCUACAUUUCUAAGGAAGUAUAGUCUUGAACUUUCCCCGAAGACUCGUGUACCUUUGAAGAUGGUGACUUCGACCUUUUUGCCUGCGGCAGAAGGUGGUCUUUGGGCCAUUAUUCGGCCGAUUUAACAAUCAGAAUUUUUUUUUUUUAUUUGUCAUAAUGCUUCAAUAUAUAUAUAAUAUUUCUUUUUUAUUUUUUAUAUAAUUAUAUAAGAAAAUAAGCUCCUAUAAAUAUUUUUAUACAGCAUUUACGUUAUUUUAUGACAAAAAAUUGUUUUAAAAUACAUUUUUUGUUUCUUUUAUUUUGCUCUUAUUUAGACUAUAUUAUAUUAUUAUAGUGUUAAGAGAGAGAGAGAGAAAGAGAAAUUUAAUAUUUUUAGAGCAAUAUUAUCAUUAUUGAUAUGAUAUUUAUUACUCUUGAUUCCGUGAUAUCAUUAAUCAUGUAUUGUACAACAAUAUUAUGACUUUACGAAAUGUCUAGUUUGCUGCUUUAGACUACAGAUAAAGAAUAACAUAUAUUUUCCAAUAAACGAAUUUUAUUUGCAUGGAAGUCAAUAACUGUGCUAUAUAUGUACAAUAUAUUUUAUUUACUUGUAGAUAAAUAUAUAAUUUACAGAGAAUAUACAUUUUUUAUAUCAACCUAAUAUAAUAUAUAAUGUUGUAGUUAUUAGCCAGUUUGUAAGAAAAAUAUAAUUAUGGCAUUGGAAUAACUCAUCUUUUCAUAGAAAACAAGUGUUCCUGUAUAAUUUGGCCGCUUGUAAUUAAUUGCAGUCGUUGACAAGUCAUCGAUAAUGAUUAAUUAUUAAUUGUAGAUUGUUAUUUGAGUAUUUGUUAUAAGGGAAAGUAUAUGACAUUUACCGGAUAUUAAAAAAUGCAUUUUGGAUAUUAUAUAUACAGUGUUUAUUUGUUAAAUAUACUUAUAUAUUCUAUAC